CCAUCAAGUGCCCUUGUAAAUCGUAUCGAGUUCUCAGAUACCGUCCAGAAUUCAGGAGCAACUCUGGUCUGCCAAUAUUGUCUGCAACCAAAGUCUGAGCAGUUGAGGGCAUACUGCAGUCAGAGAUUCAAGCCUUCCAAUUCCAGACUUACCGCGAUCAACAAACGAAAAGCCCAAAAAGCUGAUCACCGAAUCCAGAAGACACAGAAGACGUCUCACAAUGCCCAUCUACUCGACCCAAAUUGUCCGCUUGGACGGGCUGAUGCUCUCAGCAUCGAUCGAGAAUUCCCCUAACGAUGACACCAUCACGAAUCUGAAGAAUCAGCAGCGAACGCUCGUUCGCAAGAUGAACAACACCUCCGAACCACGCGCAGCCAUCGAGUCGGGUGAUUACAAACUUCACUAUUACCGCCACGAAGAUCUCAUCUUCUUCGCCAUCACCGAGCGCUCCUUCCCGAAGGAGCUCGCUGCCAUGUACCUCGACGAUGUCUCGGCGGAAUUCUUGAGUACACACAGAGAUGUCGAUUACCGUUCGGGAACACUCCGUCCGUACGCGUUCAACGAUUUCGACACCUUUAUGCAGCGCACCAAAAAGUCAUACGAGAACCCAAGGGCCUCGAACAACCUCGACAAGGUACAAGCACAAUUGAAAGAGACGACACAGAUCAUGUCCAAGAACUUGGAAGACUUGCUCUACCGUGGCGACAGCUUGGACAGAAUGGGACAGAUGAGUUCCGACCUGAGAGAGUCCAGCAAGAAGUACAAGCGUGCCGCAGUGAGGAUCAACUGGGAGCUGCUUUUGAAGCAGUACGGUCCAUUCGCCGCUCUCGGUACGAUCAUCCUGAUCUUCAUCAUCUGGCGAUUCUGGUAAACGAUACCAGCGA